UCCCCUCCCCUCCCCACCACAACUCCUCAGACUGUCUUAUAGCACUGCUCUCAGGGCUCGAGACUUAAAAGCUAAUCGGUUAUAUCGCAAAAGACAUCUACGGUGCUCCUCUGGUAUCCUGACGCCUACACUCCCUUUGUCUGCCAGCCUUGUUGACAGUGUCCCACCAAACCACCAUCGACAAAGCUUUCCCUUCACCUUCUCUCGCAAAUUCUACAACCAUGUCUCACGAGGAAGACCUUAUUGAUUACUCCGACGAGGAGAUCCAGCCCACCGAGACCCCUGCGAACGGCGCAGCCGCGGCCAACAACGCAGCCCAGGGCAGCCUCGCGCCUGGAGAUGCCGGUGACAAGAAAGGCAGCUAUGUCGGCAUUCACACUACUGGAUUCCGCGACUUCCUUCUGAAGAACGAACUUGUGCGCGCGAUCACGGACUGCGGCUUCGAGCAUCCAUCCGAGGCAAAUCCACCGCCUGUUGCGAGCUACCAUAUCUUGCCAUCUUCACUGCUGCGUCGAUGGACGGCGCGCACCCCUCACCCUCCUCCUGCCGCCUCGUUUGUUCUGCCGCUUAUAAGAUUAUUUUCUGACAUGGUCUUUCUUCCUACAGUCCAGCAAGUCUGUAUUCCACAAGCUAUUCUGGGGAACGAUGUUAUUUGUCAAGCCAAGUCUGGACUCGGAAAGACUGCCGUUUUUGUUCUGGCAACUCUACAGCAGAUGGACGAGAAGCCUGAGGUGGGAGUGACCACCGUCCUUGUUAUGUGCCAUACCCGUGAACUAGCAUAUCAGAUUAACAACGAGUACGCCCGGUUCGCAAAAUUCCUUCCGGACGUCAAAACCGCUGUGCUCUACGGUGGAAUUCCCAUCCAGAAGGAUAUUGAGAUGCUCUCCAACCCGGAGACGCACCCUCACAUCAUUGUCGGCACUCCUGGACGUAUCCAUGCUCUGGUCCGUGAGAAGAAACUGCGUCUUGCUGGUCUCAAGCAUUUCGUGCUUGACGAAUGUGACAAGAUGCUCGAUCAGCCUGACAUGCGUCAUGACGUUCAGGCAAUCUUCCGCGCUACUCCUACUCACAAGCAGGUCAUGAUGUUCUCUGCCACCUUGGCCAAAGAAAUCCGACCUGUCUGCAUGAAGUUCAUGCGUAACCCGCUCGAGAUCUACGUGGAUGACGAGAAAAAGCUCACCCUCCACGGUCUCCAGCAGUUCUAUAUCCAGCUGGAUGAACGAGAGAAGAACCGGAAGCUUAAUGACCUUCUGGACACUCUUGAAUUCAACCAGGUCAUUAUCUUCGUUAAGUCUACUGUCCGCUGCGUUGAGCUUGACAAGCUCCUUCGCGAGUGCAAUUUCCCCAGUACGGCAGUUCACGGCGGCCUUGACCAAGUUGAACGUAUCAAGCGGUACAAAGAAUUCAAGGAGUUCAACACCCGAAUCUGCGUGUCGACUGACAUCUUCGGUCGUGGCAUUGAUGUAGAGCGCAUCAAUGUUGCAAUCAACUACGACAUGCCGGAGAAAGCUGAUCAAUACCUUCACCGUGUCGGUCGUGCCGGUCGUUUCGGAACCAAGGGUCUCUCCAUCUCCUUCGUUAGCAGCGACAUGGACCAGGAGGUCCUGAAGACAAUUGAAGAACGCUUCAGUGUUGCCCUUCCGGAAUUUCCAGAGGAGGGUAUCGAUGCUGGGUCUUACAUGAACAACUGAGAGGUCGGAAAGAUGGGAGAUCGCCAGAGGUAGUUUCUUCUUAACUUAUCCACUACUCUCCACAACACACUACCUUGCCUUCGGGCUCACCACGAGCAUGGUAUUUGGUUCCUUUCAUCUCACGGAAAAAUGAUAUGCUUGGCGCCGGCGUGGGAGGAUUGUGGAUCUCGGAUUCGAAUCAGUUUUUUUCCCUUGUAAUUUAGUGGCGGGCGUCGUGACUUCCUUUGGGUCGUCGGUUUCGCCGCCAGUUGAGUGAUGGAAAAUGGACUGAACAGAGCGACUGAAUUGCUACGACAAGAU